GGGCAGGUUUAAAGACUGAACUACUUCUGUUGACUGACGCCAGUUAAUGUUACACUAACAUCAUACUGUACUUUCGACUGGAGUUGACUUGGCUUCUUCGUCUCGCUUCUCCUUCUCUGAGCUUUACGUCUCGUUGAACUCAAUAUGACGGCAAUAAAAAUCAGGGUUGGGGCUGAUCCACGUGAGAAAUCCACUCCUCUUUUUUUAGACUUAUUUUGCCGCAGUCUUAUUAUCCUGUGUACAUUUCUGUCUGUCACCCUCUCAUCUAUUGCUGUGUGUGAUGGUCACUGGCUGCUCGACGGCCGCCGUAUGUGGGGCCUGUGGUAUUUCUGCUCACUGGAGGAGCACCAGGGCUCUGUGUUGGGGUCCCAGAGUUUUAAAGCGUCGUCUAACUGCACUAGACACCUGGAGGAGGCAGGGGUGGAUGGUCUGGGCGUGGGCUUGGCUGCGUGUCGUUCUGUGAUUACUCUGGCUGUGGUCAGUGCCAUAUUCGGACUGGAGUUGCUUGUGAUGUCACAGGCCAGUGAAGGGAGGGACUCCAGUCAACGCUGGAGCCUCGGGGCAUGGCUGGUGCUGCUGGCGGGUUUGAUGGCUGGCGGAGGGGUCACAACUUUUGUAGUCCUGUUAGGGGCAUCUGCAACGCUCUUUGGGUUUACUCUGACCUUCUGGGGCCAGUUCACUGCCACCUUCCUGUUCUUCCUCAAUGGAAUGGCAGCAUGGCACAUCCAGCAUAUUGAACCACUGCUGCUCAGUGGACAUCGUGACAAACUGUUGAAAUAAGGCCGACACAAACAAUAAUCUCUUUAAUACUUGGAGAAGCUGCAUUAGAAGCCACUGUCGGUUCAUCUCAAGCAGCUCUGCUCUGUAUCUGCAUUCUUUUGCAUCAAAACUGAUAAGUAAUUUUUAAGAUUUAUAAAUAAUGAGGAACCUUCUGAAAAGGCCAAAUGUACCAAUGUUAAUAUGAAGGAAUGUUCCAUUUCAAUUUUUCACAGGUGUUUUAUCUGGGUUUUGAAUUGCUUUGCAUUGUGUUUUAGGUUUGGAAGAAUUUUCUGUAAACUUGAAAAUUGGUGCAGGGCUGGUGUGGAAAUAAAUGUUUUACUAGUUU